CUCUCUUGUGUGUCCCUGUCCGGUACUAGGCUUCCCCCGAGAGGGGGAGUGGAGGUACCAGGGGGCAAUGGCUGCAGUGUCAGGGGCAGGAGGUGGGGGAUCCGGGCAAGCGGGUAAUGUCCGUGAUGGGGUACGGGUGGCCGUGCUCUGCCUUCUCUGGUAUUCCGUGAGCUCAGGGGGCAACGUGGUGAACAAGAUCAUUCUUAACGGGUUCCCUUACCCGGUCACCGUGUCCCUGUUUCACAUUCUCGCCAUAUGCUGCUUCCUUCCCCCGCUGCUUCGAGCCUGGGGGGUCCCACACACGCAGCUGCCAACCCGCUAUUACCGCUGGUACAUCAUCCCGCUGGCCUUCGGCAAGUACUUCGCCUCAGUGUCUGCACAUUUCAGCAUCUGGAAGGUGCCGGUGUCCUAUGCCCAUACAGUAAAGGCUACAAUGCCAAUAUGGGUGGUGCUACUGUCCCGGAUAAUAAUGAAGGAAAAGCAAACCACAAAGGUUUAUCUGUCUCUCGUCCCUAUUAUUGGAGGUGUUUUGCUGGCAACAGUAACUGAGAUCUCCUUUGACAUGUGGGGUCUGAUCAGUGCAUUAGCCGCCACCCUCUGUUUUUCUCUACAAAACAUUUUCUCCAAAAAGGUCUUGCGGGACUCUCGGAUACACCAUUUACGAUUACUGAACCUCCUGGGCUGUCACGCCAUUUUUUUCAUGAUACCAACCUGGGUGCUUCUAGACCUUUCUUCCUUCUUGGUGGAGAGUGACUUGAGUUCUGUAUCACAGUGGCCAUGGACACUCCUCUUACUUGUGAUCAGUGGCACUUGCAACUUUGCUCAAAACCUCAUUGCCUUCAGCAUCCUGAAUUUGAUUAGCCCUCUCAGUUACUCAGUAGCCAAUGCAACCAAGAGGAUCAUGGUCAUCACAGUUUCACUCAUUAUGCUUCGUAAUCCUGUUACUGGCACCAACGUCCUAGGCAUGAUGACUGCCAUACUUGGUGUUUUCCUCUAUAAUAAGGCAAAAUAUGAUGCAAACCAAGAAGCAAAGAAGCAGCUCCUUCCAGUUACAUCUGGCGAGCUCCAGGAUCAUCACCACGGGCCUCCAGAGAAGCAGCAGAAUGGCAUGGCCACCUUCUCACCUGGAAGGGAUUACCAAUAUGGUCGGACCAAUGUGCUUACUGACCACUUUCAGUACAGUAGGCAGAGUCACCCCACAGCACACAACCGCUAUGAUGUCUAAAGCAAACACUUGCAUUUUACAAAGCGCUGUCUUUAUCUCUCUUCACCCAUUCCAGCUGAUCCAAAUAAUGCCCCUUGUCUAAAUUUGUCAUGCCUUUGAUCUCUGGCUAAGUCAUAGCAUGCUGGGAAUUCCUACAAUUUUAAGAAGCAAAGAAGACCGCUUUGGAAGUUCAACUUUAAGAUCCGCUCUUAUGUUUUACAAAAUAUGGCUCAACUAUGUAUUUGGAGACCAGUUCAUAUCUGCUGCUGGAAUACGAUAUUUUGAACUGAUGGAUAACAGCAGGAUAUGUGUUAAUCAUGUCAGAUUCACAUCAGCAAGGCUGUUUUCUCCUGGCUUUGCCUGGUUAUCCUGGAAUCAUUGUUGUCUGCCAAUUUGCAUGUGUUUUUAAUGUUGUCUACUCAGCCCUACCCUGCUAUCUUUUCUUAAAGGUUCUUGCUGUAUUUAACUUCAAAUCCCCUUAUGGCCAUCAUGCUAUUCAGGACUAAACAAAAUGAUGGCCAAAAAAGUGUCUUUUAAUUUAAAACUGUACAUACAAGUCCUCUGUAAGCCUGUAUAGUUGUGCUUGAAACAGCCAUUAAAUGGCUGCUAAGCCGUAAUCACUGUUUUUGGGACUACAAAGAGCAUAAAAAAGUAUUUUACAAUUAGAAAUUUGUAGUAUUGAAAUAGAUCCAUGCUGCGUAGUGGUUUGGCAAGUUGAGCAGAUAUCGCUUGUCAAAUAAAAGGGGGAAACCUGUAUUGUGAUAUCUUAACCUGCCAACCUUACACUGAAGUCUUCAAAAUAAAUUAUGAUAGGUUUAUGCUAAAGAAAAGUUCCAUGUGUUCAGAGAAGCCCUGUGUAGUUGCACUACUUCUAUAACUGGAAACUUUAAAGAGCCCCUUAAAUGUCUAAUUAAACAAUCCAAACCAUACCAACCUAGCUGUCGUAAAGUGAAUGAUGUCUCACAGUGAACAAAAUACAAUUCUUGUGCUCCAUUACGCAUAGAGCUUGUGUGAGGGAGUGUAGAAAUUGGUACAGCUAACCCAGUUACUCUUUGGAGUACAGAAGUUUUAAAGGCGAGCAAAAUUGUUGGUUUGGGGUAACCUAUAAGCCCAGAAAGUUCCAGUUAUGCCACUGCCUCCACCCAAUAAAGCUCUUUUGAAUUAUA